UCUCAAGCAAAAUCCAACUUGUAAAGAUUGUGAUACAGAGAUGUUCAUGUUCUUUGACUUGAGUGAUGAAUGGCCUGCCCCGCAAGGGUCUGCCCCACCCUAGCGUCAUGCAGGCACAAAAUACUCAACUCCAAGUCGGGCAAUUGAAUGAGUCGCACAACUUCCACACAACAAUCAAGCAACGGAAAUGUCGGAAACAAUAACUACCAUUGACAUUCAGGGCAAGCUUCCCAAGGUGGCAUCAGGCAAAGUCCGCGACCUAUUCGCAGUGGACGAUGACACACUGCUCUUCGUUGCCAGCGACCGAAUAUCGGCGUACGAUGUUAUCAUGGAGAAUGGUAUCCCAGGAAAAGGCGCCCUUCUCACUGCCAUGAGCAUCUACUGGUUCAAUUACCUUCCCCAGCACGUCCCCGGCCUAAAAACCCACUACAUCAGCAACACGCUCCCCAGCCCCAUCUCCACCCUAACCACCUUCCAAGACCGCUCCAUGCAAGUCCGGCGCCUGCGCAUCAUUCCCAUCGAGUCCAUUGUGCGCGGCUACAUCACCGGCUCGGGAUGGUCCGAGUACAAGAAGUCCGGCACCGUCAAUGGCAUCCGGCUCCCCGAGGGACUAAUCGAAGGCCAGAAGCUUCCCCAGGCGCUGUGGACACCGAGCACCAAAGCCGAGCUGGGCGACAAAGACGAAAAUAUCUCGCCCGAGAAGGCGCGUGAGAUCAUCGCAAACCGUACGAUUGCAGCAAGGGUUGAAGAGCUGAGUCUGCAGAUCUACGAGGCCGCUGCUAAACGCGCCGAGUCCGUGGGUAUUGUGCUUGCGGACACGAAGUUUGAGUUUGGGCUCGAUGAGAAGGAUGAGGUGGUGUUGGUUGACGAGGUGCUCACGCCGGAUAGCAGUCGUUUCUGGCCCAAGGACACGUGGGAACAAAACCUGGGUAAGGCGCAGCCAAGCUUUGACAAGCAGUUUCUGCGCGACUGGUUGACGAGCAAUGGGUUGAAGGGGAAGGAGGGAGUGAAGGUACCAGAGGAUGUUGUGCAGCAGACGGCAGCAAAGUACAGGGAGGCUUACGAGAAGAUCACCGGAAAGUCCACAUGAAGUGGGUCUCGAGGAGAUUGUUAGGUAUGCGUGGAAAUGGAACAUGGCGG